CAUGGCACUGUUUGUCUUCUGUCGUAGUCGUUUGAAAAACUAAGUGAUAUCCACCUAUUCUGUACGGCAGCGGGGCAACUAAGACUAACAAGGAAUUUUACAGCAUUUAUCGCUUUUAUCCUCAACUGCUGACUUGACCUUUGUUGGUCAUGCAUGCAGUCAGACCUCUAGCCUGCACUUUGUACAGCCCCAGCCCUUGAGCCAGUGCACUUCCACUAGGUGGAGGCUCUUCCUCCUACUAGCCUCAGUUUCUUCCCUCUGCCCCCGUCAGCCCCAGAGUUCCCUAUGUUAACCCUCUUGAGCAUGUUUUACUAUAUCUGUCUGCGGCGACGCUCCAGGAGUGGGACUCGAGGCGAGGCUCUCACCAGUCGACGGGCUGUGGAGUCCGGCCAGCGGGCGGUGUUGCCGGUCAGUGUGGAGGUGGAACAGUAUGCAAAGGAGGUUCUGGAUUUCAGCUCCCACUAUGGCAGUGAGAAUAGCAUGUCCUAUACCAUGUGGAACCUGGCUGGGGUGCCCAACGUGUACCCCAGUUCAGGGGACUUCACCCAGACGGCUGUAUUCAGAGCUUAUGGGACAUGGUGGGAACAGUGUGCCAGUGCUCCGCCACCUUUCCGCCGCACCCCUAAAGGCUUCCACAGCCAGGAUUAUAUUGAGCUGGGUUUUGAGGAGCCUGUUUAUCCUACAGCAGUGGAGGUGCUUGAGACUUAUUACCCUGGGGCCAUCGUCCAGAUCUUGGCCUGCUCUCACAACCCCUUCUCCCAGAACCCACCUACUGAUGUCAGGUGGGAGGUGCUGUGGUCAGGGGAGCCCACCAAAGUGCUGACACCCCAGGCACGCCAGUUUUCCCCUAACAUCAAGCAUAUCAACUUCCCCACCAACCUGCUGCGUCUGGAGGUCAACAGCUCUUUGCUGGAUUACUACACCGAGCUGGAUGCUGUUAUUCUCCGCGGGGUAAAAGAGCGGCCCAUGCUGGCCCUUUAUAAGAUGCCUGUCAUCGACAUUAGCGACCUGAGCGACAGUGAGGAGGAACUGUCAGACGUGGGCGGUCCUUUCAGGCAAGGGAGCGACGGCAAGCACCAGAGGACAGGAAAUGGCUACUUUGACAAGCUGCCCUAUGAGCUCAUCCAGCUGAUACUGAGCCACCUGACCCUGCCAGACCUCUGCCGUCUGGCCCAGAGCUGUAAGAUGCUGCACCAGCACUGCUGCGACCCGCUGCAGUACACCCAGCUGAGUCUGCAGCCCUACUGGGCCCGUCUGAGUGACGCUUCUCUGGGACACCUGCAGAGCCGCUGCACCCUCCUCCAGAGGCUCAACCUGUCCUGGACCGGCAACCGCAGUGCUCUCACCCUGACCGGCUUCAGCAGUUUCAUGAAGGCUUGUGGGCUCAGCUUGGUCUGUCUCGAGCUGUCGUGCUGCCAUUUUCUGAAUGAGGCCUGUCUGGAGGUCAUCUCCCAGACUUGUCCAGAUCUGCAAGAGCUCAACCUGUCCUCCUGCGAUCGCCUCCACCCACAGGCCUUCACUCACAUUUCUAAACUAACCCGCCUCCGCAGGCUGGUGCUGUACCGGACCAAGAUAGAGCAAACAGCUAUUCUGAGCAUCCUGACUUUCUGCAUAGAGUUGAGACACCUCAACCUAGGGAGCUGUGUGAGGAUCGAGGACUAUGACGUUGUGGCCAGCAUGCUGGCUGCUCGCUGUCGCUCACUUUGCUCACUGGACCUGUGGCGCUGCAGAAACCUGACGGAUCGAGGCCUGGCCGAGCUCGUCUCCGGCUGCAGGUUGCUGGAAGAGUUGGACCUGGGCUGGUGUCCCACACUGCAGAGCAGCACGGGGUGUUUCCAGCACCUUGCUCGCUGUCUGCCACGCCUGCGCAAACUCUUCCUCACCGCCAACCGCACCGUCUGUGACUCAGACAUAGAGGAGCUGGCCACCAACUGCCCCUCACUGCAGCAUCUUGACAUACUGGGUACGCGGCUGGUGAGUGCUGCCUCACUGAAGAAAUUCCUUCAAUCGUGUCCCCAACUUCUCCUCCUGGACGUCUCCUUUUGCUCCCAGAUAGACAUGCGAGUUGUCCAGGAGCUCAGUGGCCUCUUCCCCAAUGUUGCCAUCAAGAAGAGUUUCACUCAGUGACCCCAUCCCUGGCACUGUUUCAUUUUCCAUUGUCCAGAGGAACUGAGAGCAGGGAGGUGCUCACCAGCAAACACUGCCCCAGAGUGAAUACAAGUCAGGUCAGAUGCUGGAGGAGACUGAAGAUCUGCCUGCUUCUCUAUCAUAAGAUCUUUUAAUGGUCAGUAAAUAAAGGGAUUGGACUGGGUGAGGAGCUUCUUUGGACUAACUGGCUGAACACAUACAACCACGGACUUCAAGUAUUAUAGAACGUGAGACUUUUUUUUUUUUUUGGACACUUGAAAUCAGGGUCGUUGCAGUAAAACUGCUACAUCUUUCCAGAAUAUGAAUCACCAUGUAUUUAUUGCCAAGAAACAACAAGGCUAUAAAAUAUGCCUUGCUACUGGAUGCAAGAGACACAAACAAACCAACAUUUGUGAGCAGUCCUCCCGUGAACAUCUUGCUAGGACAACGAAAAGGGGACAAAAAAGAAGUGUGAAACUGUGAGGGAAAAACUGGUAUUUAUUAGUCACACGUUAGCUGGUAACAUAUUUGAAGAUCAGGGCCUCGGUCAGUGCCUUGUCAGAAUGUAAGGCAAACAUGGGCUAGUUUAAUGCUUGGGGGUCAUUCUGACGGCAUCUGUCAACAUCAAGCCUGUUUGAUUUCAUUAUAAGAAAUCACACUGGAUGCUGUUGUGUUCAGAGGUAAAGGUUAAACAAAGGACUGAACGCAGCCUUAUUUCACACACUGCUCUGUGUGGAUCGUGCCAACUCAAACCUUAAUGCAAGCAUCACAAGUUAUUUGUUGCUGCAGGCUGACUGCAGAAUCGUACAAAGGGUCUCGUGAAGAGAUGAAACAACAGCAGCAGCAGUACACCAUCGACUGUCCUUGCACCUGAAAUUCACUAGCAACGUGUUUGAAAACUUGUGAAAAACCAAACUGGAAAAAAAAUGGUUUUAAUUUACACGUUACGGAUGCACAAGUAAAAAAAAAAAAACACCCAAGGCAUCAAAUCAACAGCA